AUGGCGAAGGACAUCCGGAGCUUCGUAGCCACCUGCUCGGUCUGUGCCCAGAACAAAACUACCACCCAACCACCCGCUAGCCUGCUGCAACCCAUGCCCGUUCCCAGACGACCCUGGUCUCACAUCGCCCUCGACUUUGUCACCGGUCUGUCCCCGUCUGAUGGUAACACCACCAUCCUCACUGUCGUAGACCGCUUUUCCAAAGCUAUUCACUUUAUUCCGCUGCCGAAACUGCCCUCCGCCAACAAGACAGCCCAGUUACUUGUUAACCAUGUGUUCCGUCUGCACGGUUUGCCCACCGACGUCAUGUCCUACUGGGGUCCCCACCACUUUCCGAUUGCCAAGGCGAUCGGCCCCGCAGCGGUUCGGCUCAAGCUCCCGCUCUCCCUCCGGCGCAUCCAUCCUACCUUCCACAUCUCCAAGAUCAAGCCCAUCGUCCGCAGCCAUCUCUGCCCUGCUCCCCAGGCUCCUCCGCCGCUUCGCCUGAUCGACGGAGCGGAGGCUUACACCGUGCGCCGUCUGCUUAAGCUCUCAGAGCUGCGGAUUGUGCUGCUGGGGGAGAGAUAUGCUGGGAAGAGUUCAGCAGGAAACACCAUCCUGGGCAGAGAGGAGUUUGAGUCUGGAAUAAGAACUGCACAGUGUGUGAAGAGACAGGGUGAAGUAGCUGGGAGGCAGCUCACUGUGAUCGACACACCAGGCUGGUGGACUGAUUAUUCUGUACAGGACACUCCAGAGCUGGAUAAACAGGAGAUUGUACGCAGUGUGUCUCUGUGUCCCCCAGGACCCUGUGCUCUCUUCCUGGUCAUUAAUGUGAGCUCAUCAUUCACAGAAACAUGCAGGAGAUCAGUGGAGGAACACCUGGAGCUUCUCAGUGAGAGAGUGUGGAGACACACUAUAGUGCUGUUCACCAGGAGAGACUGGCUGGGAGACACAACCAUUGAGCAGCACAUUGAGGCUGAAGGGAAGGCCCUCCAGCGGCUUGUAGAGAAAUGUGGGAACAGGUAUCAUGUUCUCAACAAUGAGAAGAGGGCUGAUGGCACUCAGGUCACAGAGCUGCUGGAGAAUAUAGAGGAGAUGGUGGCAGGACAUGGUGGCUGUCACUAUGAAAUGGACAGAAAGCUCUUACAGGAGGUGGAAGAGAAGAGGAGGGCAGUGGAAGAAAGAGCGAAACAGAGGCUGAUGAAGGUGCAGGAACAGAGGGAGACUCUCAGAGCACUUUUUCAAGAGGACAUUCGUCUCUCAGAGCUGAGGAUUGUGCUGCUGGGGGGGAAAUGUGAAGGGAAGAGUUCAGCAGGAAACACCAUCCUGGGCAGAGAGGAGUUUGACACUGUGAUCAGAACUGCACAGUGUGUGAAGAGACAGGGUGAAGUAGCUGGGAGGCAGCUCACUGUGAUCGACACACCAGGAUGGUGGAGGAAUCAUUUUUUACAGGACACUCCAGAGCUGGAUAAACAGGAGAUUGUGCGCAGUGUGUCUCUGUGUCCCCCAGAACCCUACGCUCUCUUCCUGGUCAUUGAUGUGAGCUCAUCAUUCACAGAGACUACCAGGAGAUCAGUGGAGGAACACCUGGAGCUUCUCAGUGAGAGAGUGUGGAGACACACUAUAGUGCUGUUCACCUGGGGAGACUGGCUGGGAGACACAACCAUUGAGCAGCGCAUUGAGUCUGAAGGGAAGGCCCUCCAGUGGCUUGUAGAGAAAUGUGGGAACAGGUAUCAUGUUCUCAACAAUCAGAACAGGGCUGAUGGCACUCAAGUCACAGAACUGCUGGAGAAGAUAGAGGAGAUGGUGGCAGGACAUGGUGGCUGUCACUAUGAAAUGGACAGAAUGCUCUUACAGGAGGUGGAAGAGAAGAGGAGGGCAGUGGAAGAAGGGGCGAAACAGAGGCUGAUGAAGGUGCAGAAACAGAGGAAGACUCUAAGAGCACUUUUUAAAGGAGAGGAACACCGUCUCUCAGAGCUGAGGAUUGUGCUGCUGGGGGAGAGAUAUGCUGGGAAGAGUUCAGCAGGAAACACCAUCCUGGGCAGAGAGGAGUUUGAGUCUGGAAUAAGAACUGCACAGUGUGUGAAGAGACAAGGUGAAGUAGCUGGGAGGCAGCUCACUGUGAUCGACACACCAGGCUGGUGGACUGAUUAUUCUGUACAGGACACUCCAGAGCUGGAUAAACAGGAGAUUGUACGCAGUGUGUCUCUGUGUCCCCCAGGACCCUACGCUCUCUUCCUGGUCAUUAAUGUGAGCAAAUCAUUCACAGAGACAUGCAGGAGAUCAGUGGAGGAACACCUGGAGCUUCUCAGUGAGAAAAUGUGGAGACACACUAUAGUGCUGUUCACCAGGGGAGACUGGCUGGGAGACACAACCAUUGAGCAGCACAUUGAGGCUGAAGGGAAGGCCCUCCAGUGGCUUGUAGAGAAAUGUGGGAACAGGUAUCAUGUUCUCAACAAUAAGAAGAGGGCUGAUGGCACUCAGGUCACAGAGCUGCUGGAGAAGAUAGAGGAGAUGGUGGCAGGACAUGGUGGCUGUCACUAUGAAAUGGACAGAAUGCUCUUACAGGAGGUGGAAGAGAAGAGGAGGGCAGUGGAAGAAAGAGCGAAACAGAGGCUGAUGAAGGUGCAGAAACAGAGGAAGGCUCUCAGAGCACAGGAACAUCGUCUCUCAGAGCUGAGGAUUGUGCUGCUGGGGUGGGGAUGUGCUGGAAAGAGUUCAGCAGGAAACACCAUCCUGGGCAGAGAGAAGUUUGAGUCUGGAAUAAGAACUGCACAGUGUGUGAAGAGACAGGGUGAAGUAGCUGGGAGGCAGGUCACUGUGAUCAACACACCAGGCUGGUGGAGGAAUAUGUCUAUACAGGACACUCCAGAGCUGGAUAAACAGGAGAUUGUGCGCAGUGUGUCUCUGUGUCCCCCGGGACCCUACGCUCUCUUGCUGGUCAUUGAUGUGAGCUCAUCAUUCACAGAGACAUGCAGGAGAUCAGUGGAGGAACACCUGGAGCUUCUCAGUGAGAGUGUCUGGAGACACACUAUAGUCCUGUUCACCUGGGGAGACUGGCUGGGAGACACAACCAUUGAGCAGCACAUUGAGGCUGAAGGGAAGGCCCUCCAGUGGCUUGUAGAGAAAUGUGGGAACAGGUAUCAUGUUCUCAACAAUGAGAACAGGGCUGAUGGCACUCAGGUCACAGAGCUGCUGGAGAAGAUAGAGGAGAUGGUGGCAGGACAUGGUGGCUGUCACUAUGAAAUGGACAGAAAGCUUUUACAGGAGGUGGAAGAGAAGAGGAGGGCAGUGGAAGAAAGAGUGAAACAGAGGCUGAUGAAGGUGCAGAAACAGAGGAAGACUCUCAGAGCUCUUUGUAAGGAGCUGAGGAUUGUGCUGCUGGGGGGGAGAAAGAGUGGGAAGAGUUCAGCAGGAAACACCAUCCUGGGCAGAGAGGGGUUUGAGUCUGGAAGAAGAACUGCACAGUGUGUGAAGAGACAGGGUGAAGUAGCUGGGAGGCAGCUCACUGUGAUCGACACACCAGGCUGGUGGAUUAAUUAUUCUGUGAAGGACACUCCAGAGCUGGAUAAACAGGAGAUUGUGCGCAGUGUGUCUCUGUGUCCCCCGGGACCCAACGCUCUCUUCCUGGUCAUUAAUGUGAGCAAAUCAUUCACAGAGACACACAGGAGAGCAGUGGAGGAACACCUGGAGCUUCUCGGUGAAAGAGUCUGGAGACACACUGUAGUGCUGUUCACCGGAGGAAACUUGCUGGGAGAGACAAGCACUGAGCAGCACAUUGAGGCUGAAGGGAAGGCCCUCCAGUGGCUUGUAGAGAAAUGUGGGAACAGGUAUCAUGUUCUCAACAAUAAGAACAGGGCUGAUGGUACUCAGGUCACAGAGCUGCUGGAGAAGAUAGAGGAGAUGGUGGCAGGACAUGGUGGCUGUCACUAUGAAAUGGACAGAAUGCUCUUACAGGAGGUGGAAGAGAAGAAGAGGGCAGUG